CAGACUGCAAACGUCCGCUAUUCUCUCUCCCGGCCUUUUCUGCCGGACUGACACCUUCUGGCGACACCCAGUAUGGUGUAGACCAUCGCCUCGUCCUGGAUGCUUGCCGUGUCCUCACCAACCGCGCUGCCAAGGAUCUGGAUGGUUACAUAGCGCAUGACUGCGCUGGACAUCAGCGACUCUCUCUGGACACCGUGCUCCUACGCCCAGGCCGUUACUUUUAUCUCCUCGCAUCACCUCAGGGCACGGGCACGAGCACGAGCAAAUACCCCAUCGUCGGUGAUAUGGCCGCGUGGCGGUUUCCAGAAUCUAUUCCCUCUCAUUGGAUCCGAAACAGGAGUGCCGAAGAGCAGUCAGAGCUUUACGAUAAUGAAUUCAAUUCGUCAUCGAGCAUGUCCACCACUGUGCUGGAAGAGGACAAGCGUUGCAUAAUCACUCGGUACCGGCAGUCAUGUGAGAAUGCUCGCCUCGUGCCCCAGGAUCAAGGGGACUGGUUCUACGCGAACGACAUGUCCGACUACAAUCUCGCUGGUCAUCGAACGGGUGUCAACGACGUCGCGAACGGCGUAACUUUGCGCAGCGACGUGCAUCGGUGCCUCAAUCGUCACAGCUUCGUAUUCUAUCCGGUAGACGGCGGCCGAUUUGCGGCAUACUUCGUGCGGCGAGGAGAUGCUGAAUAUGCGGAGCUAUUCCACCGGAGACCUGUGGACAUGCCUAUUCGCGUGUCUGACCAGUUUCUCUAUGCUCGGUUCGCUUACACGGUUAUCAAUCUUCUGCACUCCACGUGUGGGUUCGACCUUGCCCCCACGAAUGAGGAAGUCGAGCGCCUAAGGGCGGAUCGACUGUCCACGAAGAAAGCGCUCAAGGUAACGGGCAAGCAAGCGCAGUCGAAACUCGAGGUGGUCCAUGAGGGUGUGGAUAUAACAAUGUCUGAGACAUCCGCAGGGAACCAAGACGCAGAGGGCGCAAAUGGGACCGACACUGAGGCGGUUGAUUCAGAAAGCUCUGUGGCACAGCCUAUGACAGAAGAUCUCUAUACGACCGCCGACAAGAGAUACAGGGACCGGUUUCUUCGACGGUUUCCGGACCAGGCCGUCGAAGAAGUGGACAAUCCACCUGAAUCUCUCGCUACCUCUUGUCAUACCGAUACUCCUCGCAUGCUCAGACUCAUGUCUGAAUAUAUCAAGAACAACCCGCAAGUCUGGAAGGCAUCUUGGCUACCGGCAGACGCUACUAGACCGGAUGUAGAGGGCUAUUGUGCGGGGAGGAUCACUCGCAGUGACUGAUUUGUGAUGGGUUUCCCCACGGCUCAAGUAGGUUAACACAACUGUCGCGUGGAUCAGGGUAGCUUCUGCAACCAGCCAGCUCUUCCGUAUCUAUCGGAGAACAUCAAGACGCUGCGAUAGUGUCAGAGCGGGGCUCAACUCCGAUGGCGACAGCAUAAGAAUUGGACAGCAAGCGCUUCCCCACUUUGGGAACUACUGCGGUCGUACUCGAAGCUCCCCCCACUCCAGGGAUUUACGGUGGGCGAGCUACUUGAACCUAGUCAUCGAGUCCUCCGCCUCUCCAUCGCACCUUCAACAGCAAGCUCUUCCCCCGCCCCCAAUAUCUUGGUCUACACACCGCUACGCGCCUAUCAGACGCAUAAUGGCCGACGCUAAGGCAGAGAAGAGGCAGAAUUUGGAGAGUGUCUUCCCUAUCCUCUGCGACGAGCUCCUCGGCUAUCUCAAGCAGGAGGGCAUGUCAGAGCACGCAAUCACUUGGUUCCAGCGCAACCUCGACUACAACAUUACAGGCGGGAAGCUCAACCGUGGGAUGUCCGUUGUCGAUUCUGUCGAGAUCCUCAAGGGCCGGAAGCCCACUGACGACGAAUAUUUCAAGGCUGCUCUUCUCGGCUGGGGUGUCGAGUUUCUUCAGGCGUACUACCUCGUCUCAGACAACAUGAUGGACCAGUCGAUCACUCGUCGUGGACAACCAUGCUGGUACCGCGUCGAGGGAGUGAACUUGCUUGCAAUUAAUGACGCGUAUCUGCUCGAAGGCUCCAUCUACUAUCUCCUCAAGAAGCACUUCCGCUCCGAGCCGUACUACGUGUACCUCCUCGACGUUUUCCACGACACAACUUUCCAGACCGACAUCGGGCAGCUUAUUGACCUCAUCACUGCUCCCGAGGACAACGUCGACCUAAGCAAAUUCUCGCUUGACAAGCACCAGAAGAUCGUCAUCUUUAAGACCGCGUACUACUCCUUCUAUCUCCCCGUCGCCCUCGCCAUGUACAUGUGUGGCAUUCCCCACUCAUCAACGAACGACCCCUACAAGCUCGCGCAGAAGAUCCUUGUCCCGCUCGGUGAGUACUUCCAGGUCCAGGACGACUUCCUCGACUUCGCCGCACCUCCGGAGGUACUCGGUAAGGUUGGCACGGACAUCAUCGACCACAAGUGUUCAUGGUGUGUUAACACGGCGCUCGCGAUUGCGACGCCUGCACAACGGAAGGUCCUCGAUGAGAACUACGGCGUGAAGGACAAGGCAGCCGAAGCGCGUGUGAAGGCACUAUACGAGGAGAUUGGCAUUCGGAUGAGGUACACUGAGUACGAAGAGGGCGCGUACAAGCGAAUCAUAGGUCUCAUCGAGACUAUCCCUACCGGAGGUGCAGACGUCAGCCCAGGUGACGUCAAGUUGAAGAGGGAAGUGUUCAAGGUGUUCCUCGAUAAGAUCUACAAGAGGCAGAAGUGA